AUGCAACAUGCCUAUGCUCCAAUCCAGUUCAAGAGGAAAUUUACAUUUCAGCAAGCUCUUUCUCACAAUUUUGAGUAUUUGAACAUUUCUGUUGUGCAUUGUCAACACUCUGGUGCAAGCCAUAAACUCAGUUCAAACUACAUUGUUCGGGAUAAUCUCACAAGGGUAUACUGCAAGCUAGGCCAGAUGAGAAUUUCACAUAACAUUGUUUGUGAGAAGCUUGAUCCUUUUCCUUCUUCGAAAGCAUUGAAGGUGGAUUCGGGGAAGUCACAGAAUGCAAUUCAUAUUUGGUCAAUAAGCGAAAACAUAUGUCACUACAUCAAACAUCAUCACAAGCACACUUAUGACCAAGACAAACGAGGAAAUAAUAGUGCAAUAUGA